UGCUUGACUAAUCCACAACGCUAUUGAAGCGACUGUACUGCAAAAUUGCACUCAUUUGCCAAGGCGAUGCGGCUGUUAGCUGUGCUCUUUCUGGAGUUGCUUGCCACGUCAACGGUCUACGGACAGGACAAUUGCGACAAUGAGUGCAAGCUAUUGGAAUACCAAAAGGCCCUGCCGAAUGCUCUGGCCGUGUACGAGUACCAAAAUAACAUCAAACCUCCCACAUUUACCCCUGGUCCGGUCACCAGCAGCUUUGUUCCACCCAGAUCGAGAUUUGACAAUGCAAGAACCGCAGCGUGUAGAGUGGCAACAUUGAUAAAACCGAAUAAAUCGGUGCCUGGUUGCAAGAAGCGGCAAAGGCAGCGGUUGUGGUUUGGCGUUUUUGGUAAUCAACGACCACCAAGAGUAUGGCCGAAGCGACAUACGCCUAACACGAUACCCCCGCCUAGCGGAUAUCGCGGUUCGACGAUCUGGUAUGGUGUUUUCGGUAAUGAACCACCCCCACGUGUAUAUCCGGCAAGAUAUACGCGUUCGACGGAGCCGCCUAGGCCACCACCGCCACCUCCUCCUCGGCCUCCACCGCCACCUCCUCCUCGACCACCACCACCACCACCACCACCGCCUCGGCCGCCACCGCCACCGCCACCGCCACGACCACGCCCACCACCGCCACCGCCUAAGACAACUAAAAGGACUACAACAACGACAACAACAACUACAACAACAACGACAACAACACCUCGGCCGCCACCGCCAAGGCCAGCACCUCCACGCCCUCGGCAACCACCACCCACGCCACCUCCGACUACGACAGAGACGCAGUACCAAAAAGGUCAGUAUAUCUGGCGCCUUCGGCCCGAUAUCAAAAACAUGGACAGCAAUCCGAUUCGAAGGCUAAAUCUACCCGAAAUCGGAAAGGAAGAUCUGUUAACCCUGUGCAGGGCCAUGCGCGAUACCCUAAAGAAAAUCCACAAGAGCGUUGAGGAAGACCAGGAAUACAAACAGUUGGAGAACCUGCUCGACGAUGUCGUCGCUGUGGCUUUAGUUUCCAACCCCAAAACGCGCAGGAGAAUCGAUCCUGAGCUGUUGGCCAAUGCCCUCAAUUCAAUGUGCGGCAAAUUGUGUGUGGGAAGUUUGUAAAUAUGUUCUGCAAGAUCCCAAUAGGAACAGAAACUCCUCUAAAUUUUCAGUGUGCAUAUUAACAUUGUGCGCAUUCAGCUAAACAAUAAACAUUUUCGGUGCACAUUAAA